AUGAACUCCGCCGCAAGAAACAGGUCAGAAGACCGUGCUCCGCCUCUACCACAACGAGACCAGAGUAACAAAGAGAACCAGCGUGACAGAGAACCGUCGCGACAACACGCAUCACCUUCUGUUCGCGACAAUGGAAGCUUCUUCGGUGGGCUGAGGAACCUCAAAGCCGCAGACAUGAUUAGCAAAGGACUAUUCGGCAAGAGCAUACGUAGUGGAGGCACUACGGAGCGGGAGUCCAUCAUUGAUGACGAACAUUAUGUUUUGAAGGUCAUCAACCUCCCUUUAGUGGAACAGACCCGGACGACGCGCAUAUCACGGAAGCUGGAGGAUUCUAGGGAUAAGACCGAGUUCUGGAUGCCAGCGUUUCCCUGGCGCGCGAUUGACUACCUCAACUACAAGGGCUGCGAUGUUGAAGGUCUCUACCGAGUUCCGGGCAGCGGGCCUCAAAUCAAGAAGUGGCAAAGGAGAUUUGAUGAAGAACUGGAUGUCAAUUUGUUUGAGCAGGACGAUCUGUACGACAUCAACAUUAUCGGCUCCAUGCUCAAGGCCUGGUUGCGCGAGCUUCCCGAUGAACUCUUCCCCAAGGCCGCUCAGGAGAGGGUUGCCAAAGAGUGCGCUGGUUCUGACAAGGUUCCUCAGUUGCUGAUCGACGAACUCUCCAACCUCUCGCCCUUCAACUAUUACCUGCUCUUCGCCAUCACCUGUCAUCUCAGUCUCUUGCUCGCACAUUCAGACAAGAACAAGAUGGACUUCCGCAACUUGUGUAUUUGCUUUCAGCCGUGCAUGAAGAUUGACGCAUUCUGCUUCCGGUUCUUGGUUUGCGAUUGGCGCGAGUGCUGGAGAGGCUGCAAAGCUGAGGCGAAAUACAUCGAAGAGGAGUACCUGCUACUGAACCAACCCCCUCCACGGGGUGUCUCCGAGUCACGCAAACCUGUCCCCGACGAGCAGCUCCCGGCAACCAACGAUGAGCGUGCGGUCGACCGGGCCGUCUCGUCAUCAGACAGCAGUAAACAAUCGAGUCAGAGCCAGGACCAACAACCCAAGACGCGGCUGAAGAAAAAGGCCCUACCACUCUCCGACUCGCAUGGCUCUAAUGGUAGCGUCGGGUCCAACUUGACCAUGUCGACAACGCUCACCAUUAAUAGCGACCAAGAUGCACCAAGGGGCUCAGGAGAUCUUCGGCCACUGUCGCCCAUCAAGCCACUGUCGCCCCUCGGUUUCUGAGUCCCUCCAUCCCCUGGAUACGCGUCUGUUUUCUUGUCUGAUUUUCUACUACAAUACCCGGGCGGCAUUGCAUGUACAUGGCUCAGCACCAACACAACGACGACACGACGCCUGGCUACUGUAUUUCCGAUGGCUACGACGAUUCGGGCAAUACGUGUUCAGCUCACUCGCAUCAAAGGUGUAUCCUCUGCUCAAGGCUUAGCUGCAGCGUCGUCCACCGUUGUCUUGGCCUAUCCGAACUCCUCGACGGGGCGCUAGACUAUGUGCACUCACGUAGUGCUGGCUUUGUGAUUUCUGUCUCCUCCCUUCUGGUCUCUUGGUCGUGCGUGUUUUCUAAAACUGCGUUUUGUCACGAGAGUUUAGCGAUGUUUCUUCAUGUUUGGCAAAGGCGCGCGGAUAACAGAGGAGCGGUGUGCAUUUGGAGAAUGCUAUACAAUGCGUGAUAUUGGGUGGCACGAAAAGAGCGAGCGCAUGCAAUGUGAGGUUGGGCGGUCUGUUGAUGGAUUUAUGUAUAAUACAACAUGAGGAGUUGCUGCGGAAGCUGGUGGACGGGAUAAUGGCGGCAUGGGGGCAACUAUCCGAGCCU